AUGGAAGAUGCAGCCGAGUCCCUAUCCACGACACACCUGACCAACGCUGAACCCAUCCCGACCGUAAUGGAGAGCCCGGAGGUCUCAAGCUCAGAUGUUUCAAGCUCGGAAGAGCAUACACCUAGCGAUACAACAGGUCUGCCUCAUCUGGUCAUCCAGUUGAUCCAGUGCCAACAAUGCUCCCGACCUUUGCGAAGUCCGCUCCGCCUGCCAUGCGGGAAUUCGGUCUGUCGGGAAUGUUUACCCGCCUUUCGGCCACGCACGGGUAUUACUUACCCCGUGGCUGAGGGGAGAGACCAAGAAUUUACAUGCUUUUGGAAAGGAAAUGGCGCGUGUGUUGGGGACCAUUGUGUUGGAGAUUGUGGCGCUGAUGUGCUGCUUGGGAAGUUUGUUGGUCUUUUUGGCGAAAUACUGGGGCCGGAGGCAAACAGGGCAAACAACGUGUCUCGAGAUUGGUCCGAGGAUGACGGACCAUUACUGCGAUGGAAGACUGAUGGGCGGAAUCCAAAUGGGAGUGGCCAGUUGCAGCGGCAUGGGUGGCUGGGGGGAAUAUAUAGCCUGGCACUGGAAGGCCGGUUCCCGUCUGAUGCAUGCGAAGUUAUCUAUGGAGAUUCUACAACCCCAGCCGGAAGCAUUGAAUCGCAGGAUCUCAUUCACUUCCAAACACUGCGAGACAGUCUCCGCGCCGAGUUAGACUGCCAGGUUUGCUAUGCGCUCGUUCUAGACCCGAUGACCACGCCUUGUGGCCACACAUUCUGCCGUAAAUGUGUCGCGCGGGUCUUGGACCACACCGAUCUAUGUCCCAUUUGUCGCCGAAAGCUAGGCAUGCCGAAUGAUCUACAAUCAGAGCCAAUAAAUCAGACUCUGGCGCGGCUGAUCAACUACUUUUUCCCCGACCAGAUCUCAGUUAGGCGGGAGACUAGCGCCCAGGAUGAGAUAGGUCCGGAUUACGAGAAGAAUUUGCCACUUUUUGUGUGCACGCUAUCAUUCCCGACAAUGCCGACUUUCCUCCAUGUCUUCGAGCCCAGGUACCGACUUAUGAUUCGGCGGGUUCUCGCACAUGGAAAUGGAAAGUUCGGCAUGGUCAUGUAUAACCGGCAAGGCCGGGUACUGCCAGGUCAGCUGGAUGACGUACCGUUCGUGCAAUACGGAACGCUCUUGAUGAUCGAGCGAUAUGAACUGCUUCCGGAUGGUCGCAGUCUUGUGGUGGCUACAGGCGUGUCGCGGUUCAGGAUCGUCGACUCGGAAAUGCGGGAUGGCUAUUAUGUUGCUAGAACAGAGCGCGUAGAUGAUAUCUCGCUCGCAGAGGAGGAGCGGCUUGAGUCGAUGGAGACCUCAACAGACGGUGUAAAUGCUCUCCCAGAAGAGAAUGAAUCCGAUCCCUCGUUAGACUCACUGCCAACUCAGCAGUUACUCGUCUCAGCCAGAGAGUUCAUCAGCAACCAGCGCAGAUCUGGGGCUCCUUGGCUGCACCCCCGCGUCAUGCUAGCAUAUGGACCCAUCCCCACAGAUGCAGCCCGCUUCCCGUGGUGGUUUGCAAGCAUUUUGCCCAUCUCCGAAGAAGAGAAAUAUCCCAUACUCGCCGCCACAAGUGUUCGAGAGAGACUGAAGAUCUCGGUAAAAUGGGCGAGACAACUCGAGGCUCGAGACUGGUCUACUCGCUCAUCACUCUACUCUGUCUUAUGA